AUGGAAGAUGAUUGGAACAAAAGACGGGUUGUUGCAAGAAGCGCUGCCAAAAACAGAGACCUCACAAAUAGUGAGUACAGAAGACCCCACAAACAAGAAAGAACUCACUCUGACUCCCAUUCCUAUAAAAGAACUAGACCCAACUACCACUCUACACCACAAGGGACCAAUCAACAGGCUCGAGAUUUUGUAGCAAAGAGAACCCUUGAUACGGAGAAACCUCAAUCACCUUCUCUUAGUGGGUGGAGAGAAAUAACUCAAUGUCUCCUACGAGGCAGAACUCCCCUGCCUCUUCUCGGAGUAGAAGUUGAGACGAUUAAGGUGGAGUUGAGAGAGGCUAUGAGGUGUUAUUGUGUUGCAGGUUGA